AUGCCGGAUACUCGUGCUUCGAAUAACGAUCUUGUCAUGAGCCGUGAUCCGGGCUCAACAAACCCCAUCGCCGUCGACGGGGGUUCUGAAGAUGGCAAGACUCAUCAGUUCAAUGAGCAGACAAAUUAUGUCCCUCCGAGGGCCAUUAUUACAAUAUUCCUAGCGUGUGCAACUGUCGACUUGUUGGCGUUGAUGGACCAGACCAUGCUGGCCACGAGUCUGUACAUUAUCGGCAAUGCCUUGGGAUCAACUGCCCAGGUCUCAUGGAUAGCCAGCGGAUAUUUCAUAACUUCAACUGUUGGACAGCUCAUGUAUGGAAGACUGUCAGACAUCUGGUCUCGCAAGAUAAUUCUCCUUAUGGGCCUUGCAAUAUUCUUUAUCGGAUCCCUCGCCUCUUCUCUAGCAGAUUCAGUACUGCAACUCACCAUCUUUCGCGCCUUCACUGGCAUCGGAGGAGGCGGUCUAAUGACGGUUGCGCAGCUUAUAGUAAGCGACGUGGUUCCUUUGCGAGAAAGGGGCAAAUAUCAGGGCAUUCUAGGUGCUGUGGUUGCGAUUGCCAAUGGUAUAGGGCCUGUCGUGGGAGGUGCGCUCUCAUCAGGUUCAGAAGAUUCCUGGCGAUGGAUUUUUAGGAUGCAACUGCCUUUGACGCUUCUGACGACUCUCUGUGUGCUUUUCUUCAUGCCUCUGAAAACGGUGCAGGGGGAUUGGAAAUUAAAACUCAAGGCUGUAGAUUUCUUGGGCAUCUUCCUUGCUCUCGCUGGCAUGACUGUUGUUAUUCUAGGGCUGACGUGGGGUGGAAAGGAAUAUGCCUGGAACUCAACGCAAGUGAUUUCGACUCUGGCAAUAGGUACAGCAGUAUCCAUUGCGUUUAUGCUCUGGCAGUGGAAGGGCCCCAAGUACCCCUUGAUACCACUGCACAUAUUCAAGUCAAAGAUAGUCAACGGCGCGUGUCUGACCAUGGCCAUCAAUGGCUGGAACUUUGUCAUGCAAGUCUACUACAUACCCUCCUUCUACCAACUCGUCUACGGGUACUCGGCCACAAAAGCCGGAGCAAUGCUUCUCCCAAUCACUCUGCUCCAAACCGCCAGUAGCACUCUUUCGGGGCUUAUCGUCCACUGGAUCGGUCGGUACCGCGAGUGUAUACUCUUUGGGUGGUUGUGCUGGGCUGUUGGUCUUGGUCUCAUGUCGACCCUGGAUGAGAACACAGGCGUGGACAAGCAGAUCGGCUAUUCUGUUCUCAUUGGUAUCGGAGUUGGCAAUACACUUCAGCCUGCGCUCAUUGCUACGCAAGCUGGUGUUGAUAGGCGUGAUAUGGCAGUUGUCACCUCAUUUCGCAAUUUCGUCAGGAACUUGGGUGCAACACUGGGUCUUGCAGUGUGUGGUACAGUCUUAAACAAUGUCCUCGCCGGUUCUCUCUCCUCUCUCAACCUUAACAGUCGUGAUUCAAAUAGCUUGCUAGGGAACCCUCAAUCCUUCCUUGAUACCGUCGCACCAGACGAAGCAGAGAGGAUCAGAUCAGUUCUCGUCCCCGCCUACAGACAAGGGUUCCGUAUCAUCUUCCUUAUCGGCGCGGGUGCAGCCAGUCUCGCGUUUGUCUUGGCAUUUGUUCUCAUGCCGCAAGUCAAUCUUACUAGGCCAGAUGACUCGAGGCUGAAAGAAGAAGGUCGUACAAUUUAUGAGGAGAAGAGGUCGAAGGGUAUGAUUUAG